AUGGCCACCCACGGCCAUCCACGGUCACCCACGGCCAUCCAUGGUCACCCAUGGCCACCCACGGUCACCCAUGGCCAUCCACGGCCACCCGUCACCUCCCACCGGUACCGGGGCUCCUGCUCCCCCCGCCCUGAGCCGCCCAGUGCGGGGCUGAAACUGGGCCACAGCGCGAAACCGGAGCCGGGCGAGCGCCGCAGCCGGCGGGGUCCCCCCGGUCCCUGCGGCAAGGACACCCCCAGCCCCCUCUCGCAGCCCCCUCUCCGGGGAUGGGGGGCUCGGUGUCCGCGACCCCCGCCGCUGCAGGGGGGUCCCGGUCCCGGGGAGAGCGGUGGGAAGGGGGGGGACACGGACGGGCGGUGCGGGAGGGGAGGGGGCUCCCCCCGAGCUGCGGGACUGGAGGGCUGCGGGGGGAACCGCACCGGCUACCGGGGACACGGCUCGGGCUCCCCGCGGUCCGGGCCCUUGGCCGCUGCACCGGGAGCGGAGCGGGUGGGUGGCCGGGAGCCGGUAACGGAGGAGGAGCGGGGGGGUCACGUCACAGCACCGGGAUGCGCAGGGGGGAGCGGGGAGAAGGACGGCGUCCUCACCGAGGUCGGCAAAGCGGAGCGGGGGUGCCGCCGCCGCCGCCGGGCCCAAACCGCCGCAACCGGCCUUCCCCCCCCCCCGCCACCCCCCCGGCCCGGGCCGUUAACGGCCCGGUACCGCCCGCCCCCCCCUCCUCCGCCGCGACCCCGCACCUGGCAGGCGGCGGCGCGGGCCCGGCUCAGGCGGCGCGGGGCGGGGGGCGGCUCGGCAUGGCGCGGCCCCUCCGCCGCACCGGGCCGGCCCGGGGCCCCUCCGCUGCGAUGCGCUCUGGUACCGGGCCGGGCCGCGGAGCCGAACCCGCGGCCGCGGCAGGAAGCGCCGGGCGGUCCCGGGACCGCCCCCGUCCCGUCCCGUCCUUCCCCCCCCCUCCCUCCCGCCCUCCCCCCGCACGUCACGGCGGCCGCGGUGGCGUCACCGGGAGCGGCGCCGCCGUGGCGUCACCGGGGCGGGCGCGCGCCCACGUGGGAGGGGGAUCCCCGCCCCCGCGGGGGUCAGGGCGGGGGGAAUCCCCACGCGGGGACGCCCCCCUACCCCCGGCUGCGGGACCCCCGGUUCUCCCCGGGGCUCCCCUCACCGCGCACCGGCUCCCCCCGGGAACGUCCCCCCGGUUCUCCGCCCCCCCCCGCCCCGCGUUCUCUCGUUCGUUCUCCCCGCAGCCCCGGCGCGACCCCCGAGAGCGGCGGCGCACCGGCACCGGGACCCCGCCGGACGCCGGUGCUCGCCGGUCCGGCCGCGGGGACCGCGCCCCCCCCCCGCCGCUCCCCCCGGUCCCCGGGAUCCCCGGUGACGUCACGCGGCACCGGCCGGGCCGCGCUGCGCAGGGCCCGGGGGCGACACCGGCUCCGGGGGCGGCGGGGCGAGAAGGGGGUCCCGGUACGGGGGGGCGGCCCGGGGCGGCCGCAAUGGAAAAGGGGGCACGGGGGGUUGUCCCUUCCCGGUGCGGGGCAGCGGAGCCCGGUGCGGGGGUUCCCCGCCUGGCGGAGGCUCCGGGGGGCUUGGGGAGGUCCCGGUACAGAGCCGGGGGUGCCGGUGCUGCUGGCCCGGUGUCAGGGGGCCCCGGUACAGAGCCGAGGGUCCCUGUAG